AUGGAAGGUUUUUGUAGGGGUUGUUUGGUUCAAUACAAUGAUCCAACCGAAUUGUUACACUACACUGAGAAAAAUAGAAGGCUAUUUGUGUAUUCUACCGGUAUACAGGUUAAGCGCAAUGAUUCAUUUACAUUUCAGUUAUGUAAAGACUGUUAUCUCAAUAUGAAAGUGGGAUGUAAAUUUAAAAAAAUGUGCAGAAAUUCUGAUAAAAGAUUGAAACACUAUCAAGCUUUAAAAGAUGCCGGUGAAACUGUUGAUUUUUAUACUUAUAUUAAGAAUAUUGAUAAUGAUGACUCCUUAACAUUUAGGCUACCUAUGCUUGGUAAUAGCACACCGGGCACCAAACCCAAGGAUGAUGAUAAUGAAUCAACAUGCACAAGUAUACAAAACUUUAUAAGUGACAUUAUGGAAUCGGAAGAAAUACCUGCCACCGAAGCUCGCAUUAUACGCGAAGUUAUAGAGGAAGAGGCAGAUGUUUUAGACGACUCUUUAGACUCCCACUGGCUUCAAGAUGAUGUUUCAAUAGAUACAGAUUUUAAACUCGAUUUUAGUUUCAGUCCCUUUUCAACACCUAAGUAUAUAAACAAUGAUCACUGUUACACGCCAAAGAAACUAAGAGAUGAAACUUCCCAAUAUGAACAUCCACAGAAGAGUUUUGAAAGUAAAGUUCAAGAUGAAAAUGUCGAGGAAUUUGUAGAGCACAAUUUCCAAAAUGUAGACAAGACUGGGAAAAAGUGUACAAUAGACAAAAAUUUAGAAAAUGCUUUACAAAAUGAGGGAAACAAAAACUUCUUUUUAGAAGAUCUGCUCGUAACUCCUCCUUUAUAUCCAAAUGGGUCAGGACCGCCAACACCUCUAAUAACGAACAUAUUGUUUGGCGAUAAAUUAGACAGUGACUCAAAUGAUUCAAGUAUGCAUAAAGUGGGGCAAUGCAUUGAAAAAUUUGAAACUGUGCAAGGUGAUACGGAUAUUUUAGAAGAAUUUUUCACAAAAAACACAAAAGAUUUUACAAUAGACAUAGAAGAAAUUAAGGAAAAUGAAGAACCUGAACUGAGGGAAGAAUUAGUAAAAGACGUAAAUAAUGAAAAUGAAUAUAAUAUAACAAAUAUAGCAGAAAAUAAAAACAGUGAAAAAGCCGCAUUGCCAGUUGAAAACUUAUAUAACAUUACAAACUUUUACUGUAAAAUGUGUGAGAAAAAAUUUAAAAAUCUUGCUGCGCUGAAGGUGCAUUGUACGAAAAUGCACAAAUUAAAAAUUGAACAGAAAACUCCAUAUACGCGCAAAGUUCGAAUAUGCGACCAUUGCGGAAAAUCUUAUUUUAACCUAGCAGAUUUUCUAAAACAUAUCGCAGAUCACAAUAAAUCGCAAAUCCCAAAUGUAUGCAAACAUUGCUCAUUAGAAUUUAGCUCCGAAUCUAAACUUAAGAUGCAUAUGACGACACAUAAUAAAAAAUUGCACCCGGAACCUAUUGACACUAGCAAAAAGAAAUUCGUUUGCUCAAUAUGUGGCACCGCAAGUUCUUCGAUCGGUAAUUUAGAAGUACAUCAAAGGCGACAUUCGCAAAGCUAUUCAUUCCAUUGUGAAGAAUGUGGAAAAGGGUUCUACAGGAAGACUGAUCUGACUACGCAUUUGCGGCGUCACACCGGUGAGAAACCAUUUCGAUGUCAAUAUUGCUCGCGUCGAUUCGCGAGACGGGAUGUUCUCAGUGCACAUAUGAGACGUCAUACCGAUGAAAAACCAUUUCAAUGUCAAUACUGCGAACAACGUUACGCGAAGAGAUAUGAAUUUAAAAUGCAUUUUCAAAAGGUUAAAUCGUGUAUAGAAAAGCGUAACAAGUUGCUAUCAGAAGGAAAUGUACCUGCCAAUAGUGUGUCGGUAUAUUAUGCAACCGUAGUAGGUACAGAUAUAUUAUUAGAUGAUUUGCAAGAUGAACCAAAUGUACCAACUUAA